AUGUCGGGCCCUAUGCCUGAUGUUCACGGCUCUACGGAUAUUACCGCAGAGCCUAGCCUACAGUCACGGUUGGUGAUAGCUCUUGAAACUCGUAAUGCGAGUGAUGAUACUGAUGCCUGUGCCUUUCUUUCUUUGCCGAAAACAGAACAGAAUGCAAGUCUUUCUUCUGAUGUCAAAGACCAUGUGGCUCUCCGUGCCAUUCGCAGUAUAGCGAACCCGUCGGACAACGAUGACGGUCGUGUGGCCAGCGAAGAUGAAGUGCAAAAUCUUCUUCACAUCGUUGACAAAAUUCCUGUUCGGCUGUGGAUAGCAUGCCUCGCGGGCAUUCUGGAACGUUUUGUCUGGUACGGGGCAACCGCUCCUCUACAGAAUUACCUGCAAAAUGUACCCGGUGGUGAGGUGCCAGGAGCACUGGGCUUGCAUCAGGCCACUGCAUCGAACAUCGUCAAUGCACUGAUAAUCGGGUCGUAUAUCGUGCCUGUGCCUGCUGCUGUUGUUGCCGAUAGCUGGCUGGGCCGCUACAAAACCAUGAUAUACUCUGCUAUCAUUGAGGCCAUCGGGGCAACUAUUUUGUUUGCUACGUCCCUGCCCAUCGCCAUUCGUGAGGGCGCAGCUUUGCCCGGGGUAAUAACUGCCUGUAUACUGCUGGCUAUUGGAUCAGGCGCAUUCAAAACUACUGUAGUGCCAUUUAUUGCCGACCAAUAUGACGAAGCUGAAUUUCGAAUCAAGACUCAGAAAAACGGAGUGAGGGUUGUCACUAGCCGGGAGUUGACCAUCACCUAUAUCUAUAAUGUAUUUUACUGGGCCAUUAACGUUGUUGGCUUCGUGGCCGAUGCCACGCCGUUAUUGGAACGGUAUGUUGGUUUUUGGCUCGCCUACUUGAUCCCAUGCUGCGCCAUGUGGUUAGCCCUGAUCCCGAUACUAUUUGGUCGCAAAUACUUUAUCCAGCAUUUGCCAACAAGCAACAUUAUGCCCCAGGUAUGCUCUGCCUUGAAAUAUGGGAUCACCGGUGGUUUCAAAAUGGAUGCCGCAAAACCAGGCGCCCAGCUUCAUCAACACAGUCGCCCAGUCCCCUGGACAGACUCAUUUAUUGAAGAAAUCAAGAGAAGUCUUCUGACUUGCCGAGUAUUGCUCCUAUUCCCUAUUCACUGGCUCUGCUAUAAUCAGACAUUCAACAACUUGAUCUCCCAGGCUGGGCAGAUGGUCACGUACGGGAUUCCAAAUGACAUGAUGAAGAUUUCUGGGGCCAUAUCGGGGAUCAUCAUUGCGCCUAUCAUUCAAAAAGGACUUUAUCCUUACCUAACAAGAAGACGAGUCUCAUUUGGACCGAUUUCACGGAUGACAGUCGGAUUCGUCUUCCUGACCCUCUCCAUGGUUUACACCACGGUGAUUCAGAAGCUUAUCUACCAGACCGGACCAUGCUACAAUGCGCCACUCGCGUGUGCUGCUGCCAAUGAUCACACUAUUCCCAACCAGAUUUCAGUCUUUCUCCAGGUUCCAACGUACUUUGGAGGAGCAUUGGCAGAGGUAUUUUGCCUCACCACCGGGACCGAGUAUGCUUAUAACAAUGCACCCAAGACUAUGAAGACCCUAGUCCAAGCAAUUUGGCUCGCCAUGGCUGGGAUCGGGACAUGUCUUGCCCUAGCCUUCACCCCACUCACCAAGGACCCGUAUCUGGCCACGAUGUAUGCCAUCCUGACGGGGCUUCUGGGUGGAGCGACCGUUCUGCUGUGGAUUCUAUUCCGACGCCUGGACAAGUUGAAGAUCAAAGAGGAUUCUGAGUAA